AUGCAGCAACUUGCGGAGCAGGCUGCUGCCGUCAGGUCGCUAUCAUCUUCUACCAACCCCAAUUACGGACUCAACAACCUUCAGCUUAAUCACUUCAACGAUGACCUCGACUUCUUAAAUCAUCUCGCCUGGGACCAAGCGGCUGCAAGUCAUUUUGACGUCCUCGAUCCCACUUCAGCGGCAGCCGCAGUUGGAGACCUCUCAUCCCUUUUUGCACCCGAACUCGACUUCAAUCUGUCAUCCUGUCUCAACUCCGUCAACAGUUUCGGCUCCCCUCUCCUCGACUCCUUCCCUCCAUCUGGCUCUGUACCGUAUCUCAGCCCCGCCAAUACCUCGCUCACAAACACCCCCGUCACCGCCAUCCUCCCAUCUCCGUCGCCUGUAUCACCCACUCCGGACGGCUCAGACCUCCUCCCGGGCCUCAAGUUGCCGGCGCAAAAGGCAACCAGGCCAUCCAAGCCGGGACGUCGGCCGGCCGGCGCGUCUCUUUUGCGCACCACCGACGGACGAAUCGCAAAGCGCACCGCCGCGACAACGUCAUCAUCAGUCUCUGCAGAUGAUCAUCAUCAAGAUGUCGAUGUCGACCCGGAGAUCAUUGACCGGCGCCAGCGCAACAACAUGGCGGCGAAGCGGUACCGCCAGAAAAAGAUCGACCGGAUCCAGGAGCUGGAGGAGCAGGUCAAGGAGGUGACGCAGGAGCGGGACGACUUGAGGAUUCGUCUGGCGCGACAGGAGGCCGAAAUCGCUGCGUUGAGGGAGAUGUUGAAAAUGCAGCAGAGCAAGAGUGAGGGGUCCAAGGGUUGA